CCCACCAUACUUUAUCAUUCGACGCUACCCAGCACUCCUCACUUCGAAUUCCCCGAGCGAUUCGCCGCUUGAAAGUCAUGGAUAUUCCGCGUGGCCAUGCGAUGCUUCCGCUUAAUGAGGCGGAUUUUCUGGACUUCAUAUACAACUACUACAAAGCUGAAUAUGCACCCAUCCGAUCCUUGUGGUCAACAGCGACAGCUGUUCCAAAUUCGCCGCAGCGUUGGCAAAGAAUGGGCAACGAACUUUUCCCACUCAGCUUCCGACCUGCAAACGCUCAAGCACAGAAGGACCUGGACAGCCUCGAUUAUUUUAUCAGAAAAUGGAACCUAGACGCAACGUUUGUCCGAGGUAUCGUGAUUCGAUAUGCCAAAUAUGAAGAACACGAAAGGCUAGAAAAGAAAUUGUACGAAUGCAACAGAGUAGAUCUGAUGGUACGCAAGGCGCUCAAGGAAAAGCAUCUGAUCGAUAGGCUGUGGCCCUCGCCCGCACCCAGAAAUAUACCGCAAGAUUUAUUACAGCAAGGCGUUCAGGUCAGGCGAUGGUAUGGUGAUAUGUUCGGGAAGUACUUCAAGAGUCUACGCUCUGUGGACGAUUUCGCCCUUAGACCCGAGGUGGAUAGCAAGAUCAAAUCCGCCACCACAUUAAUGCUGGUUCCAUACGCCGACCAUCUGGUGUUUGGCACCGUGGAUCCAAUCAUGCCGAUCGUAGCUAAGGGCGGCGGUUACUCAACAACUGGGGGAAGCAACCAGAUAAAUCGACAAGCAAAACCGGUUUCGUUUGGAGAACCAGCAAGGAUAGAGAUGCGUUUUGAUGCGCCAGCAGAGGUCACUGAAACCUAUGUGAAGAAUGUCGUUAGGCAGUGCCAGUGCUUGAAGUGUGGCACGCAACGGGACGUGCAUUUGAAUAUUUUGGUCGAUCCAAACCCUGGACCUCAUGCUCCUUCAGAAGCGCGGCAGCGGCGUCUCAAUACAGCUUCGGAUAAUUCACGACAGCAGAAAUAUCGCCCUGGAUACAAUAUGCCGGGUGGUCAAGGUUCUACAACUCGCCCACCACUGCCGGAGCGAGCUUUUCCUCGUGCAGAAUCUCCAAGCGCGCCCGAAGUAACUGGAGCGUCACCGCCCGCUCUAAGGAAGCAGUGUUUGCGCUGUACCUUUCUCAAUCAUCCCGACCUUAAAGCAUGUGAAAUGUGCCAGGGCGAACUGCCAGACGCACUUGUCACUGAACCCAGAAAACCUAGUCCACCUCCACCCAAAACAGGCCCUUCACAUAAACACUCUGUAUCAGUACCUUCGGCUAGAAUGGAACAGCCGAAGGAAGGGUUACGGCCAGCACUGCCUAAUCGACAGAGCCUUGGGUCAACUUUGUUCUCCAUCUUUCCCUUUUCACAGCAGCACCAAAAUGAACACCACGUCAACUUACCACCCACACAGCCAUCAGUCCCUACGCUAGAAACCAAAAAGCCUGAUGCUUCUGCACAAGCACACAGCAAGGAUAAGCAGAGCUCCCACGCUCGAUCUGAGUCUGAUUCCGAGUCACGGCCUACUCUUCCGACCAGAAAACCAACCACACCGCCACCUGGGUCCUCCUCGUCCUCCUCCGCCACGCGAGAUCCGGUUGACCACACGGUUAAUACACGUUCUCUUACGGCACAACCUGAGAUGGCUAUGUUGCCAAUAACGCCACCUCCAGCGUCUUCAUCUUCUACAGAACCCCGACCUAUGCCAGUCGGCUUGCCGCAGAAUUUGAUGGAUGAUUACGUACCGGUAUCGACUUCACCAUUUAUGAGAGAGCAGGAGGAAGAGGAUGCAGGGUGGGGAGAGAUGAGCAGAGAGGAGGCGAAGAAGGUUGGCGAUAGCGAUGAUGAUGAUGAUGAUGAUGCCGAGGGCGUCAAUGGGCGGAGGAGCGGCGAAGUUAUGGUGGAUUUAGAUGCUGUUGCUAGAGAGGAGAUGGGGGUAUGGGGGGACAAUUGAGACGUAUAGUAGCUAUGGUAGCAAGCGGAUGCCUUGAUGCCUUAUGAACCAUGGUUAAGGGUGGUUAAAUAUAUAGCUAGCGUUUCUAAUAUUUCAGUAUACAUAUGUAUCGAACUUAUCAGCGCAUCAUAGAUAGCAGGUCCACAGCUGUGUGUGAAUAACUAUCGAUGGAACACUAUACAGCAACAAACAGUAUAGCAAGACACGUCAUGUUCUGAUUGUAAACAGGCAGAAGUUGACCUUGCAUGCAUCAUACCUAGGAAGAAGGAAUCGCUUAGAUGAAUCAUGUCUGGCGUUUGUUCACACAAGUCAGCAAAAUACGGACAAGUAAAAAAAGAAAGAAAAAAAAGGCAUCGCACAUCAUGUAGUGCGCCUACUGCUGGCUGAUGAAGGCGGUGAUUCAUGACUGCAUGUCUGAUGGGAAUGAGUGGCUGAGAGUUCUUCUCCAUGUUGCCGUGUUGAAAGCGGCGGCCUCCCAGCCUACCCAAGACCGGAAAGGAUACAUAGAUUAACGCUCUCCGGCUGUUUGUACCAGGUUUGACUUGAUGGAGUUCACCCUGUAUGUUAUCAGCCCCCCGCUGGUUGCCUUGCUCUGAGUCCUGGGUACAUAUGUAAC